AAUAGAACAACAUGGAUAAGCUUUCUAAGUACGAGAUAGAAGGUAAAUGUGGGGAAGGUACCUACGGAGUCGUCCAGAGAGCCAGAAACAAAGACUCUGAUGAGCUGGUAGCCCUCAAGUAUAUCAAGCUUGAGUCUGAAGAUGAAGGAAUCCCUUCUACCGCUAUCAGAGAAAUCGCUUUGUUGAAAGAACUCCAACACCCAAAUAUUGUGAGCCUUCAAGAUAUUGUGUUAGAGUCUUCCCAGCUGAUUUUGAUCUUUGAGUUUCUUGAGCAAGACUUGUACAACAUUAUUAAAGCAAAUGAUUUCCAGGGGCUUGAAAUCCCCAUAGUUAAAUCAUAUCUGAGACAAAUGCUUGAAGGUGUUGCACAUUGUCACAGCAAGAAAGUCCUUCACAGAGACCUGAAGCCUCAAAACUUGCUAGUCAGCAAGGACGGAUGCCUCAAGCUUGCAGACUUUGGUCUUGCCAGAGCAUUCGGAAUUCCUGUGAAGAACUAUACACAUGAAGUGGUUACUCUUUGGUACAGACCUCCAGAUAUUCUAUUUGGUUCAAAAACAUAUUCGACUCACAUUGAUAUGUGGAGCGUUGGCUGCAUCUUUGCUGAAAUGGUAUCAGGCCAUCCAAUGUUUAAGGGAGAGGAUGAAAAGGAUCAAUUGGAUAAGAUAUUCAAAAUCAAAGGAACUCCAGAUCCCGAUAAAUGGACAGGAAUGCACGAACUUCCGCUAUAUGACGGCAUGAAAGAUGAGCUCCCACAGUAUGAUCCUAAAGAUAUAAGCGAGUUUGUACCAACACUUGAUGAGACAGGACUUGACCUACUCGAGCAGAUGCUGCAGUGUGAUCCGAUGUGACGUAUUACAGCUGCUGAUGCUUUGGAUCAUCCAUUUUUAGCUGAAGAAUAGAUUGAAUAAAGAGAAAUUCAUUUCAACAGGAUUCUUAGA